AUGUCUACUCCGAAUUCCAAUGACCUUUCGUUUACGAGCCUCCCAGAUUUACCGUCGGACUAUACCCCAACCGUCGAGGAAUCUGGAUUGAGCACAACUGCCUCGUCUUCAAUACUUGAUGUAGAUUAUAUGGAAACCGAGAAUAAGGACGGUCACAAUGAGAAUGAGGAUGAGGAUGAAAUUAAAGGGAACUAUCAUGAAAGCAAAAUAAGACUUUCCACCCUUUCCCUAAAGAACGUACCGGGAAUGGCACAGAUGAACGACUCGUUAUCACAACAUGCGAUAACGUCAAUAAAGGACGCACUUCCAGAGGAGACAAAAUUCAUAGCUUAUCAAUCUCUCAACAACAUUACUAAAGACAUUUACGACUAUAUCAUGGUUUCUCCGGACAGCGAUAAUGUGUUAAGGCGCAAAAAGUCGGAUUUUUUUAAAAAAAAUAUAUUUGCACAUAAGAAUAAGGAUAAUAGUAAAAAGCGAAAGAAAAAGGUCAAAAUACUGAAGGCCAGCUGGAAAGAUGAAUCCGGAAAGGAUAGGGAGGUGGCGUUGAAAAAGGUGGAGUCGUUGGGUGUUUUCGAUUGUGAUAAGAGCAAAAUGGACAAGGAGAGUUUGGAAGUCAUGGAAAAUAUAAACCUUUUGUACCGAUUAAGCUAUCAUCAAAACUUGUUGAGGAUCUUUGGAUACACCACAGAUCCGAGCACCUUAAACCACUUCCUAAUAUUGCAGUAUGCCAGUGGGGGAAACUUGCGAAGAUUUCUCCGUGAACAUCACGCGGAACUCACGUGGAGCGAAAAGCUGGGUGCUUGUACAGAUUUGGCAAGCGGAUUGAAGUAUAUACAUGAUCAUGAUAUUAUCCAUCUUGCUUUGGUGAGUGACGGCUUCUAUGAAAAAGCACAUUCUCGUAACAUUUUAUAUCACAACCAAAAAUUCCUGAUUUCGGAUCUUGGAAUCUCAAAAUCCAAUGUCUCCAACUUCUCUUCGAUACUACCUUACACCGAUCCACGAUACCUAGCUAAUAUGACGGAUUAUCAACAGACCAAAGAAUCGGAUAUUUACGCGCUAGGUAUAUUGAUGCACGAGAUUUCAGCUGGGCGAAUUCCUUACAAUGAGUAUUUGACAAAGAGUGAGGUUGCCGAUGAAAUGUGGGAUGGUUUCGAAAAAGACAUAACCUACCUUCCUGAACUUUCGCCAAAAAUCGUCUAUGAAGGUUACAGGCAACAACCGAUUUUUGGCACUCCAUCGGAAUACGUUGCGUUGUAUCAGCAAUGUUGGCAGGCAGAUCCAAUGUUGAGGCCGAGUGUUGAUGAAGUGUUGACGAGGUUGGAUGCGAUGAAUGUGGAUAGCGAUAUGAUCGAGAAAGAAAUAAAGAUUUAUGAGAUUGAAAAAGUUGGAGGUGAAAGGAACAAUUGGAAUGUGGAUGGAAAAGAAGUAAAUAAAGGAUACAGCGAGAAAGGUGACAGAGGUCAAAAGGGAGAUGUAAUUUAUGUGCAAGACGCUGGCGUCAACAACGGAGUCGAAAGUGGUAAUGGAUCAAGAAGCGUGUACUUUUCUGCUGAUGGCAUGUCCUAUCCAACCGAUUCCAUGGUUUACUCUUUGGCUGAUGGUGAGUCUUGCUUUCGUUUGGUGAAAUAUUCAUUCUUAAAUUAA